AUGGUUUCACUUCCAAUGUUUCUCUUCAUGGAUGCUUUUGGUUUGUUCCGAAAUAUGUACCGAGCCAUCGAUGGAUAUUAUCUGAUCCCCCAAUAUGUCGAGAGAUCACAACGAAACAAGCGUAGCAACCUCAUCCCGCUUACUCUUGGCCCAUUUGGUUCAGAUAUGGCAGAUGCUAUAUCGGGUCUCUUCCACCUCCGUGAACUAGAUUCUGGAACUGACGUCGUUAUUAAUGACCGCGGUAACCUCGACUUUAAUAUUGUCGAGCUUGGUCGAUAUGGAGAACAGAUGCUGCUUGACUCUAAACGCAUCCGAAACGAGCCCAACAAAACUCGACAGAACAGGGCAGCAAUUGCUCUAGGGAUCCAUGAGAAGUGGGAUCUCAUGGACAACCUAGAUGUAUUAUUCCCUGCUCUCGACCGGAUUCGGACUCGCCCAAUUGAUGCGGCACAUUCAGAAUACCAAGGAAUAGGAAAACUCCUUGUGGGUUUAAUUUUCAACGACGUCUUGUCGCCAAAAGGAGCAGACCUUGCGAACGAGGCAUUCCGAACAUUCCCCUUUCCUCCAACUUGGAGACGUAUCCCGGGCCCUAAGCGACAUUUGGAUUCUUACGGUAUGCAAGAAUGUGCUCGCAUUGUUGUGAUUCUCCCAGUACUCCUCCGAUGCUGGUUAAAGAGAGUCCAUAUCAAAGAGGCGGUUGCUGCCGCUAUGGAGUCUAUAGCCACCGACUACUUUGAUAUGGAUUCAUUCUCUGACCCAGCAUAUCGGUUUACUGCUGUCGAGUGGACAAUUGCUGCUGCAUGGGCCUUUACACGAUCUCUGCUCUUCGUCUCUGGGCCGUACUCCUCUGAUAGGCAAAGAGAAUUCCAACAAGCUGUCUACCGUGGCCGGAGAGCCGUCCAAUUUCUUCUUACCGCAUGCUCCCACGCAACCAGGCUGAAAAAUGUUGGUAGAAAUCCCAGGAGACCAAAUACCCGUACAAGCCAGAUCCAUGAGCUGGAGGUUCUAGCACCAUCAGAGGCAAACUUCAGUCAGGUCUCCGCCAUAAAUACUGUCGCACGCGUUACCAAUAUUGCCAAUAGCUCUGUAGCCCCAGUUAGCAAGACCGACAAGGUCAAGUAUUAUGAAGACAAGAAGAAGCUACCGAAUAUGCACGCAGGGCUCCAUCACGCCGAGGUAGCAGAAGAAUAUGGUGGAUGCCGAAUGGUGUUUACCUUGCAAGGCGAAGACAAGCACAAGGAAUAUAAACUCGAUAUAACUUCAACCAACUUCCAGAAUGCCGCCGCAACAUUGAUACACCGCCAGAAUUACCGCAUGACGGUUAGCCUGGGGUUUGAGGGCUGUUUUGCCGACAAGCAUCCACAGCUACACAAAACAUUUACUGCGAUCAAGGAUAAAUGCCCCGAUCUCGCCAGAAAUCUCCAUCCAAGAUCCCGAGAGCCUCUAGAAAUUGAAGAAGACGAUAUAUCUGAGCUCCGGAUAGCAGCUGAUGCAAAUCACCUUGCACCUCUCGCCCUGCACCGGCUCAAGCGGCCGCUAAAAAACGAUCUCACCACUGGAUUCCUAGGCAUCGUGAAGCCUCAGUUGCUUGACCGAGAGCAUGAAUUUAUUAUCGGAUUGGACGCGGCGUACAGGAAUGACUGCGCUAUGCCGGGGUUUGCAGCCUCGAGCAAGUGCCACCUCCAGUGGUGCCACAAAGUCGCAUUCACAAACCAGAAAGAUCGAAGGUUCUGCUUCUCAGUUGGUGAUUUCAUCUCGGUAGAAUACGGACCCGCCCAUGAUUUA